AUGGAGUAUAACAAAUCUUAUGAAAAAAAAAAAAUGGAAAAAAUGAUAUGCUUGAGACACACGUAUGAAUACAAUGAGGAUUACAGAAAAACCUUCGGAAUAGAAUACCUGAACCCAGAAUUUCUACAUGACGAAUUGACAAGAUUAAACAUAUUUACCAUCAUAAAAAAUGAAAUAAUAAACGUACUGUCGGUUAUUAAAAAGCACGAAUAUAAUAAAAAUCUGGACUCCAGCAUUGUGGACGCACUAUUCAUCCUGUAUAACAGCAUCAGCAAUUUGACGAACAGCUUGAAGGAAGAAAUAGACAUACACGAAUUUAAUAAUAAGCUAGAUAUAUAUCAUAUAGCUCCCUUUUUAAAUAUCAUAAGAAACAAUAACAUUUUUUAUAGAAUAAAACUGAACGCUCUACACUCCUUGGACCACAUAUUAAAGUAUAACAGCAGCUAUUUCAAUGAAAAGAUGUAUGAUAAAAAUGUUUCUAGAAAACAGGAAUCGUACACCUCCAUCGAGAACGAUCACGAUGGGAAGAGUAACCAGAACAGCCACUUAAAUAUGAAGGAACUGAACGAUGCACACGAAAACAGUUCUACCAAAGUGAGUGAAGAAAAGCAUGAUGAUAGCGAGGUGCUAUCGUCCAAGAUGAGUGAAAAAAUGCCGAAAAGAAGAAGGUAUCAUUUUUUUUCAAAAAAUUAUAGGUUAACCAAAAAAUUUCCUGAUAAGAAGGAAGACAACCCCGAUUUCCUAAUAAACAAAGGGAACAACAUCAUUAACGUGAGCAUAGAAACGUUACUCUGUGCACCUAUUAACUACAACAAUAUUAACCAUGAAGAAAUUAUACUCUACGACACCAUCAUUUUGUUUAAUAAUAUGCUAUGUAAUUCCAUCAGAGUUGUUGACAGGAAAAAUAUUAUAAAAAUAAUUUGCUACAUUUUUAAAAUAUACAAGAAUAAUAAAUAUUCCGUCUUGUUUAAAGGGAAUUGUGAAUCCAUCUUGAAAAACAUUUUCUACAUUGUAAUGAAUAAUCUGACCAGUAGCACGGUCAGCGCAAAUAUGAGGAGCGGUACCAGUGCUACUGCAAACGCAAAUAGUAACGUUAGCGCGAAUGAACCUAGCAACGCGUGCACAAACCAAUCUGGCGACCCCUCCCCAAAUGUUGCAAGCCUCCCAGAUGACGAGUUAAUACACGAUCUGUUAACCAUCAUUCUAAUCCUAAUGAACAGCAAUAAAAAUAAGUUCGUCGAGGAUUUAUUAAAAACGAAGGAAUGCAUUGGCAUGUAUAAUGACUUGUUUGAAAAUGAAAUUUCGAGUGACAAUAUGGAGUGCAUUAAUGUCCUCUCCUUCAGAUUGCUAAACAUUCUUCUAGAAACUUGCGGAUAUGCCCUGAUAAACAAAAACUUUGACGCUCUGUCUAAUAUAAUAAGGUGCCUAUUUCUACACAUCACCUCAUCGUCGUAUAUCCUCAUGUGCAGGUCCAUGAGAACUUAUAUAAAUAUUUUUAUCCUUUAUAAGAAGCAUUUUUGCAUUUACAGCGAAGUGUUUAUUAAUAUAUUAUUAAGCAUACUGAAGAAAAGUUCUUCCAAAAACGUCACAGAAACUGCUUUGCUAACCUUGUCCUAUUUUUGUCUUGAAAAUGUCCUCUUCGAAAUAUAUUACAACCAUGACGUUAAUUUGUACGCAUCCGACCUGCUCGAAAAUUUCAUAAAAGCCGUCCUUGAUUUGUGCGUCAAUUUUAUUAACAACACAACCAUUAUAAAUGAUGUCAUUUUUAAGAUGGUGAAGAAUAUUUUGCACAUAAUAAUGCCAUGCUUGGGAACUUGCGGCACCGCCCCAUCUGUGAGCAACAAUAAAAGUGGCAGUAACGUAUUGAACGACCAGAACAAUCGAAUGGGCGAUAUGGGUGGAUACACAAAUCAGCUCAUUAGUGAAUUCAGAAACGACUUAUAUUCAGAUAUUUUUGGCUAUGUAAUGCAUUCUGGGAAGAUUGAACUACUGAAGGGUACUUCUGGAGUUAGGAACUGGAGAGAGAAGUGUGAAGGGAGAAGAAAAAUACAAAAAGAAAAAAAAAAAAAAUUAGCGAACGAAGAAAGUGGGGGCAAUAAAAGCACAUCAUCGUUAGGUCACUCUAACGAAACCACCAAGGAGGAAAAAAAAGAAGACGAAGCGACUCAUCCAAAUGAUAGUAAGAAAAAUCUUGCUAAACAGGGAGAAGACACAGAAAACGCGCCAGAAAAACAGGAAACCAAAAAAAGUAACAUGAAUGAACUGUACUCCCUCAACUUUCUAACAUCAAGUAAGGACAAAGGCUACGUCCUCCUUUGCUCCAUUUUACUGUGCGAAUAUGUUAAGGAGUCUAUAAAAGUGGACUAUAUUAAAAAUAAGGAACAUUUGAUGAGAAAAAAAAAAAUAAGAAAAGAAAUUUUAAAAAAAUCAGCAACCAUUUUUAACACACUAAAAAAUAAAUCGAUCGAUGAGUUAAUAAAAAUGAAAAUGAUCCAAACGGAGGACACAUUCACUCAAGUGGAUAGAGGUGAUUCUAUUCUCAAUUCGCUGAUGACAGAUAAACGUGAGCAUUUCACUGUUUAUGCGAAUCAGUCCUAUGAUGAGAAGGCCCAUGCCUCCAGAGAGAUGGACGCAGAGAAGCUCAACAGUGAUAAAGCUAAUGGAGAGCCUCAUUUGACUGCUUCUAAAAACAGUGACGAUAGCGGCAACGUGUCCAGUAAAGCAAAUAUACCCAGUGACCCGAAAAGUGCAGAGAAGGGACCAAACUCGGAUCCCAGCAACCCCCAUUCUGCAAUGGACCAAUCCAAUGGUGACAUUAUAAAAGACGCCGUGGAACAGUUUUCUAAAGAUGAUAACUGUAAAGGUACACUAAGUAGCAGUUGUGACAAGGGGGGUGUGGAUAACAGUAACGUAAGUGACGAGAAGAGGGAAUCCCAAUCCCACGUCGAAUCUUCAGGAAGUCGAAAUCCGAGCGGAGCCACGGAUUAUGACACCAACGCGGGGGAAACAAAACCUUCUGAGAUCCAUUCUGACAACGUGAACGUCAAAAAUGGAGAAAACGAUUUAGAGGCGGAAAACAAGAAGCAGAAAAGACCUAGCAAUGCGAACAGCGUGGACAUUGCUCAUACUGGCAAUAGCGGCUCACAAAAUAUGAUAGAACGAAACAGCGUUGCCAGUAACGCCCAAAGGAACCUAAUGGAGGACCCACACUUUUUGAAGUCCAUAGCCAAGUUUCUCAGAUAUAACCCAUUUCUAGAUAAGGAAUAUGUGGGGGAGUACAUUUCUCACAGGAAAAAUAUAAAUAUUUUGAAGAGCUAUGUGAGACUGUUUGACUUUUGCAACUUGUCGUUACUGUCCUCGUUGAGAUUGUUCCUGCACUGUUUCAAGUUGCCAGGAGAAGCUCAGCUAAUCGAGAGGAUAUUAGAACAUUUCAGUUUGUGUUUUUUUUAUUCAAAUCCAAUUUGUGGAGAUUUAGAUAGAGUUUACCAUGAGCAAGGUGACAAAGUUGAAUGCUUGCUGAAGGAGGAGGAGCUGGCCAACACGAAGAGGUACAUCUUGAUAGAUUUCCUGAAUGAUAGCUCGAACGAAGGGGGUACCAGCAACGGUAGUAAUAACCAACCAAGUGAGACCGGCGAAUCGAAGCAGACAGAUGGAGAUGCAACGGGUGAAGAUAAAAAAGGCAGUCCCAACAGGAAGAAAAAGAAAAAAAAAAACUCACAACAGAGCAAUGUGCAGGAAAAAAUUAAUUUAAAAAAAGACGUCGACAUGCAUGAUUACAUUCACAGAAAUGUACACUCCAUGUCGAAGAAAAUACAACAGAUGAGCGAAGAGGAAGUGCAGAAGAAGUACGUCAUUGUUGAAAAUAGCGACGUCAUAUUUAUACUAACUUAUUCCAUCAUUAUGUUGAACACAGAUCUGCACAACAACCAGGUGAAGAACAAAAUGAAGUUGGAAGAGUUUAUUAAAAAUAACAGAGGAAUAAAUAACGGAAAAAAUAUAGAUAGAAUAUAUUUGGAAAAUCUGUACAACUGCAUACUGCAUGAAGAAAUUAAACUGUUCUCCAAUACACAGAGCACCUACACAAAUGACAACCAAUACUGGAAGCUGCUCGAAAAGAGGAAAGAGCAGUACAAAAAUUAUCAUUCAUUUAAGGCAAAGGAAGUGUACUUUUACAAAUUUGACAUAAACAAAUUGUUAAUUAAGAAUAACUUCAUUCCGAUUUUUUUUGAAAUUUUCAAACGUACCAAUGAUUAUAACAUGACAGAAAAUUGUCUGAGCAUAUUCAAGAUGGCCAUAACAAAUUUUGCCUACUACCAUGAUGUAGAAAACAUAAAUAAAUUGUGCUAUAUAUUUAAAUAUAUCAAUUUUUAUUUGACGCAAAAAUCACAAUCGUUAUUGUACCUUUUGUUCCAUCUCAUCAAAAGGUGCCACAAUUUGUUUAGAGACGGGUGGGUAAUAUACAUAAACGUUUUGUGCAAAUUAAUCACCAUAGAUUUAGUCCCCAUUUUCUUUUAUCCCCACAUGUAUAUAAACAAUGCCCAAUUUAAUAACGACAAAGAUUCCCUCCAUAGAAAGUACAAAAAGGGAAACUGCUUAGAAACAUUUAAUAUCAAUAAAAGCAUAACAGAAAUUUAUCAACAUCCACUUUUGAUAUUCAAAAAAAAUAUUAAAAAAAUUAACAAGCCCAAAUGGAUUGACGAAUUUAGUAGUAUGUUCUUUUUCAGACAUAGCAAUAAUGAAAAUUCCAAUUUGUCCAUCAUAUUUAGGGAAAGCUAUUCUGAAAAACUCGAUGAAGAUAAAAAGAAAAGGAAAAAAAAAGAAAAAACACAGGAACAUGAAAAUAAGGAAAAAACCAACAGCACGUCUAUCAUUAAUGGGGAUAUAAAACAAACGGAUGAAGCAAACGACGACGACGAUCAUGACGAUGAUGAAGACAGUGAUAAUGAUGAUGAUGAGAAUGAUGAGGAUAACCUCAACCACAUAUAUGUACACAUCAAAGUGGACCCAAAAAAUGCCGAUAACAGCUCCAUCACAGACAGUGUCACCAUUUAUAAAAGGUUAAAAUUAGACGUUUACAACUUUUUUACCGUAAACGAUUUUUACAAUAAUAUGAUUACCAAUUUAAACAUCACCAGUUUUAUAUACCUGAUCAAAAUAUUAAUGAUUAAGAGUUCAUUUACCAAGAACAGUGAACAGCACAACAGCGCGCAGGGUAGUAGAACGGAUCAGCAUAACUCAGGCCUAAGAAUGCAUAUUAUACCUAACCACAACUUUAUGACAAAUGAUAAGAACGCUGGCAUUCAUAACACCCACCAAAGUAUUAAUGACUCCAACCCAGUUUUAAUAAACGCCGAUAACUCCUUCGAUUUGUUUUGCAACACGAAGGAAAAAUUGCUCACGUCGCAGAUGCUCUUUCACAUUAUAUAUUUUAAAAUUAACUACACCUAUGUGUUGUAUAAUAUGAUCUGCAGAAUGGAAAGAAGGAGCGCGGCAAAGAUGUUCAAAGAAGGGGCCGCUCAACAAACAUGUGGAAAAAUGAGCUCUCCAAUAAAUUCACUUGUGGAAGAAUCACUAAGUAAAGGCACUAAUCUAAGCGCAGCAAAAAACGAGCAUGACAAGAAAAAGAAGAAAAAUCGAUAUGAUCUCACAUUGAAUAAUAUUUACGACACAGAUAAUUCGACGAACGUCACGUCCAGCGACUCAGAAUUCAGCGAUAUAUCUAACGAUUCCUUUUUUAUAAGAAAGAAUGAUCUCAUUGCUGAAGAAGGUCAAACCUACGGAAAUUCAGCUGAGCAACAAAAGGGGGAUUCCCCAGAAGAACAUGGCCAGGCGUAUAAAGAUGUGGACGAGUUUGAUAAGAUUUACUCGUACGCCCAUGAUGACGAUGGUGGUAGUGAGGACGCCGGUGACGAAGCCAGCUCGGACGACAGUGUCGAUUCGAGUUGUGAUGAGCGUAGUGACGCGGAAGCGGAUUGCGAAUCGACCCACGUGAAUGGCAAGCACAACACAAAUACACACAUUGCAAGCGAAAUGAUGAACGAGAACAUAAAUCAUAGUGGCAACCCGGGUGGAAACCCGAGCAAGUGCACCCGAACAGAUAAGGAAAAGGACUUUCUAAUGGACAAAAUUAAGAUGAACCUGUACACAAAAACGUACAUCAUGCAUCUGAAAAUUACCGUAAUAACGUUUGAGCACUUCUUUAACCUGCUGAAUAAAUUCCUCCUAAUCAACUAUGACAGUAGCAUCUUCGUGAGCAUUUAUAACAGCAUUUUUAAGGACUACCAAAUGGAGGACAUAAAUUUUGUGGCGGAAGAAGAUAUCGCGAAUGAUCACAAAUUGUCGUACCAGAUCUAUGAGGAGAAGUUCGAAAAUAUCGACAAAAAGUUACAUUACAAGGAGGAAAAAGUAACCGUAAAUGAUAUAGAAAAAAACUUGUUUAUUGUAAAAAUUCCCAAGACGGAGGAAGAAGAGGACUGGCUAUUCAUUGAGCAUCUCAUCAUGAGCAUCAUCAAUUUCUCGUACAUUUGUUUUAGUAUAUACAAAGACGACAAGCAGAAAAUGAGCAAAAAGGGAACAAGCAAAUCGAGCAGUGUGCACAUCCUCCCAGACAACAGUAACUAUGCACAACUUAGACAAAAAAACGGCAAAUUUUUCUUCCUCUGUGGAAUAUACCUUAUGUACAUUUUACAGUUCCUGAAGAAGAACAUUCUCUAUCGGUUCAUCGACAAAAUAAUUUACAUGCUGGAAAAAAUCUCGAAAAACGUUUAUGUAAACAGCUGCAUUAUUAAUAUAUAUCUGCACAUGUUACAGCUCAUCACGCCGAACAAUAUUCUGUACAAAAAUACAAACGACACAAACAUUUCGCUGAAUGAUAAGGAUAUUUACAUUUACAUUGAAAAGGCAACCAUCUACACGGAAAGUAUUAACAACAUUAUUAACAAUAAUAAUGUGCUGCUAAAAUUGAACAAUUUUAAUAUUGAAAAUAUUAUUCUGUCGCUUCUCCCAUAUUUGCUAUAUUUUAAUAACAAGAAGGAAGAAAUUAAUGCACAUAUCGCGUCCAUUAAUUCGGAGUGCCUUCACAUUAUUUCCAACAUAUAUUAUAAAAGUACGUACAUGUAUAUGAACAACUCGAAGGGAACAAGCAAGCCGGAAGACACGGAAGGAUCUUGCCAAAAUGAUAACUAUAACUCCAGUUUGUGCAAAAAGUACCAGGACAAUAUCUCAUUUGAGAAUAUCAUCGAGUUGAAAAAAAUGUACAUUUUUCUGCUCAUCUGUUUUGUUCUCUCUCUGGCCUGCUCCUUCAGCUCCAAAAGAACCAGAAGUGAAGCCUACAUAAAGCUGCAGCAGUUUCUGUUUAAUGAGAAUUAUAUUUUUAAAAAGGUGAAAAAUCCCAAUGGGGACAACUCAGCCAGUAUUGGCAAUAACAAAGGGGAAAAAAAUUCCAAACAGGAAAAGUGCGUAUAUAGGGAUGAAAAGUUGAUAGACUUGAUAAGCAACUUUAUCAUCCUGCCGCUUAUCACGUACAAUUAUUACUUUCCCUUUAUAUGCAAAAGUGUUCAUUCGGGCGAGGAGCAUAAAAGUGAAUCAAAAAGUUGCAUAAACGAAGCACAAUCUAAAGAGAAGGAGGACCAAAACGUCGUUGCCAAUGCGAAGAGCAACUACUGCAAGGAAGCCCUGCUCAACUUCAAUCUGUACAACAAAAGGAACAACGACAUACCGGGCAAAAUGUGGAAACAAAACGAAUACGAAAACUGCGGAUGCAUUAUUAAUUACAAAAACAUAGAGACGGUAGAUCAGGACCUGAACGUGCUAACCAGUCUGUUCAACUAUGCCAAUGAUUACUACAUACACACCAUGCUACAUAAGCAGUACAAUUACUACUUCAGCUACUUGUACGCCAAGAAAUUACUAAGCUAUGACAACGUCUGCUACAGGAAAAGCAUGAGCAUAAGCUUCGUGAGUCAUAUCAUUCUGUCGUUCCUGCAUUCGUUACUGAAUUACGCGGGGGAUGGAUGCGAACACAGCGAUGAAGAAAAAAACGGGCCCCAUAACGACAACCAUGACGAACCCACUAACGAGAAGAAUGAUUCGACCUCAUCAGAUGAUAACGGACAACCGAAUGACAUAAACCUCUAUGAUCUGCUCUGCCUAAAUAAUGACAAAUCGUGCAAUAAAAUUGUCACCAAAACGAAAUGUGAAAAUAAUUGCAUUUUCUACUUCUUAAAACAUUUUUACCACGCACUGUUAACCAUUAAGGAAGAAACGAAUAAAAUUUUAAAUAUUUACAAAGAGACCUUUAUCGAGAACAUUAAAAAUAUUAUCUACGUCUCAUCGUCCUAUGCGUACUGCUUGAAGGAUCAUCGUGUCAACUGUUUUGCGCAUAUAAAAAAUGGCUACUCUUUCCUAAAUGAGGAGGAGAAGAAGCUGCUAAAACCGUACAAUCUGGAAGCUGCAGAAAAGGCAGAAAAUAUCCUCGAGGGCGAUCAGGAAGUUUUUAAAAAUAUAUCGAAAUUGCAAGUCAACGUGAGGAUUAGUGUCGUCAUCGUUUACUACAUUCUCUACACAGAUAACAAUCAAAAUGAGCAAUUUAAAAAUAUCUUCGAGGAGUUACUAAAUGUUUUGCUAACCAAGUAUAGCGUUAAGUCGGAGUCACUAGAAAAUGGAGCAGAUCCCAGCGCUGAAGCGAAAACGGCAGAUGAUCAAACGGAACAGCAGCCGGAAAAUUUACCCAAUGAAUCCAAGGAGAGCGAAGAAAGUGCAGGAACGGCGCAGUUGGAUAAAAAGGAAGAAUCGUCUGACCAAACGGCUGAAAAGGAAAACGAUGAUGCAAAUCUACAGACGGACGAACAAAAUGAGGAGGAGAAGGAGUAA